AUGGCUCGCGGCGACCGCGCACCCAAGAAGUUUUCCUUCCCUCUACCUCGCCGCUCGCGACCCAAGAACGACGACCUCGACGCCCGCCCUGCACCGUCGAUUGCCUCUGGCCCCGACAGGCCCUCUCGUCUCGAAGACACCUCCAGCAAAGCACACCGAAUCCUAGGGACGUCCGAUGUCCUGCAUCGCACGGCAUCUCGGCAGUCGACAAUACCACCAAGUCCUGGAUUCAUGUCCAUCACUGUGUCUGAGGCUAGCUUCGGCUCCCACAUCGACGAGAGAAACACGGCAACACCCACCGAGAACGACGGAUACCUGAAACGUCCCACCAUGGCAACACGAGCCUCGUCAAACGUUCUGGGACGCACAUAUACUGGGGAAAGCAGGCACGGCUCUGACAGCAGUUCCCUCCAUCGCCGGCUACACCCUCAAACGUCGAAUUCGACCCUUCGAUCACAUUAUGACGCAAAGAAGUCGCCGCUCGCCAUCUCCCAGCAGACUUCCGACUCGGCAGUCAGAGACAGGGCUUUACGAAGAGGGUAUCCCCCGGUAUUGACGGAUCAUGGGUACGACAAUCACGAAGCGAGUCCAGUGUCGCCUGUCAUCCUGGAGGAAACGAGGAAGAAAGAAUACCGAAAGAGUAAGCCAGCCCGGCUAGAUCUUACAAAACUGUUCCCCAAGCCGAAGGAUGGCAGCGACGGUCAUGGCGGUACACUGCUUUCGCCUGCCAAGAUGGUCAACUCGCCGGCCGCUAUGUCAUCCACCUCUGAGUUCUUUCCUCGCCCAAUGACGAGACAACCGACGCCACAAGUACAGCCUGCCAAAUUACAGAAGAAGAAGAGCAUGAAGUACCAUGAUCCUCCAGUAAAGCCUCAACCUCAACCUCAACCUCAACCUCAACCGCAUAUGAGUCCAGUACGCAAAGUCAAGAGAGAUCAAUAUGAUAAUGCCAAGAUUCACGUACGGCGUCCGCCAAAAGGCGUCCAGCACUGGUUCGAUGCGCUCGAUGAGGAUAGUGAAGAAAGUGAGGAGGAAGUACGCGACUUAGAACCCAAACGCCACAACAGCGUCGCGACUGAGCCAGACCUUAUGCCAGACCUGGUGCCUACUGCUAUCGAGGCUUGGCAAGGAAGGAAUGCAUCUCGUUGCGAUAGUCGAUCGCAGAAUCCCACACCAGCGUUUAAGAGGGACAGUUUUGCGCUUGAGGAUAUCGUCGACAUUACCCAUCUGACCUCACCCAGCCAGUACUCUUUGGACACAUAUCGCUCACAUACCUCAGCAAAGACCAAGACGUCAGCUAUCUCCAAGACUAAUCUCCAGGACUCUAGUGUCUUGUCUUUCUCCUCGUCUGAGGAUGAAGCUGACGACCGGUCACGAUCCCGCAAGGGCAGCGUCCGCAAGAGCAUGGAUAGCGCCGACUACACAGGGGAGAUCGUUAUCGGUCGGGCGCAAGCUUACGAGCUUCCACCACAUCGCCGUAUGCAGUCGUCGGGAAAAUUGAGCAUACUCUCAACGUCAACAAACGCCACUAUCGAAGUUAUGUAUGCACCAGAACCGCCUUUCCCUUCGUAUCAUCACCCUCGUGGCAGUACCUACAGCGGUGGCAGAUUGUCCAGCCACGUCAGGCAGCCCUCGAUCAUUCACGAAGACGACGACAUCCGUCCAAAGACCGCUGUUACCCAGCCGAUUUCACCAACGGCACACAGUGUUGUGAGCACGCGCACGUCAGCCAGCGCACCACAGGCUCAGUCCGAAGGGUCACGCAAAUUUAUGCAAGUCACGCCAGAAGAGGAGGCUUUGCUGGAGCUGAUGAGGAAGAAACGUGCCGCUAUGAACAAACAGAUCGAAUCAUCGCAGUCAUCUACACCGGAACAAGAUUGGCAUCAACAUAAGUCAACUAAACGUCCUACACCGCCGCAUCGCACGUCUGCCUCUCUUGCAGAAGAUCGAAACUACUCGCCUGUCAGUCGCGGGAGAGUGUCGCACCAACUGCUCACCCCGUCCGUGUUCUCGCCACAGGACAUGUUGUCUCCCCCGUCUCCGCCGCUUGCUGGGAGCUUCGCAUCGCCCACUACUACCGGCCAUCCAUCUCCCUUGCCCUCGCCAAUGACGCCUGCUCUAUACGCCGACGAGAGAGACGUCGCUGUGAAAGUUGCGAGCAGCGACACAAGCAACGAGCUUGACGAGCUAGCUAUGCUUGAUCACGGUAUCAUGCGUAUGCCCUCCGUGGGUGCGAAGUCUGAAUCCUCCCACCGACGACGUAGGACCGCAUCCAGCGACGCCGAGAUAACCUUCCCGGUGCCGCCCACAUCCACCAGCUUCCGCGACCUGACUCCAGUCUCAGAGGCAUCGUCCCGUGCUCCUAGCAUCGUCGAACCCGCACUACCAAAGAUGCCGAAGAAGAACGCGCGACACAUCAGCGAACUCGCGCUCGCGAGCAUAGAAACCCGGAGUCGGCAGAGCAGCAUUCGUUCUACUGAAUCCCGUACGUCGGUUUACUCGCAGUCAUCGAGCUACUACAAGCCCGCCAGCAAGGGGAGAGCGCGCCAUUUGAGCCCAGACGCCAAUGUUACGAGCAGUCCCAGGAUGACGAGUAAUGAUCGGGAUAGGGACAGCGUCAGUGAUGAUGUCCUGGCUGCCUGGGGCAGUCUGGGAGGGACGUACUAG